AUGAAAGACACCGAAGAAAUACUGCGGGAGUUUAACAUAGAGGCAGAGUGUGGGGAAAGCCAGAAAACCCAUCUGCGUGCCUGCAAGGAGGAAAAAAGGGAUCCGUACUCGCUGGUGGAGGCUGCCCUGAAGGACUUGGACAUUGAGGACAUAGAUAACGCAAAAAUGACGCUGACAAACUCCCUGAAUGAGUCCCUUAUGCGGAGGGAGAAGCUGAUCCGGAACAACUUCACCACGUACAUAAAGUGCAGGAAGACUUUGGAGGAGCUGCAGGAGAUGAAGGUGAACAGGGACAGCUCAGAGUACUUUGACAUUAAAGGGCUGGCAGCCAUGGAGGCUCUGAUAAGCCCCAUUAUCCGGGAGAACUCUGAAAUCCACAGAAAGCAGCAGCAAAUGGACUUUAUCCUGAAUAACAGCCUGCUUUUCAACGCAGAAACAAUUUUGAACGACUAUCUGAAAGUCAGCGACUUUACGUCUUUCCUUAUGGACUAUGCGCUUGUUAAAAAAGAGGCUGCUCGGUUCAAAAGCUCAAAGUUUAUCUCCUACCUGUUUUCAAAAACAAUCCCAAUCCUGGCCAAGUUCAAGAUUGAAAUUGUCCGCAGAAUAGAGACGUGCAAAAGCAUCUCCGAGUCCCUGCACUACUUCAAAAUAUACAUGCAGGUGGACCCGGAGGGCCACAAUAAGGCCUUUGCGACUUUGCUGACGAUUGCAAAGGCGGAAAUCGGGGCUAGAAAAAUGCCAGCUGCAGGAGACUACCUUCUGCACUUAAGAGGCAUCCGGGAGUAUACGGAGGCGCAGACAGAAACUGUUAUGUACAUGAUCAACUCGAUGAAGGCUGUGGACCUAGUCACCUGGCAAACGAAGGAAAUGCACGACUUUUUGGUGAAUGCAGUGGGGGCAUAUGCUGGCACGCUUAAGAAGGAGAUGCUGGCCUGCCUAAAGUCCGAGAGUCUUGCGCGCCCAGAGGAUGCUGUGGGACUCCUUAAGAAGAAGCUCCAUAUUGUGCAGGACAUAGCAAGCAGUAUUGAGGCUGUGGUGGACAGGCUGGAGGCCGAGGGAAUAGACGACGCAGCGUCCAUGCAUGAGGUUGGCGAGGUGUUUUCCGCUCUUACGCGAGUGCUGUGGAAGGGCAUGGAGAAGGAAGACACGCAGGUUAUUUCCCUUCUUGUCAGCAGCUCCGAGAAAAUACAGGGGGUGCGCGAGCAUCUUCCAGCGCAGAUAAAGGAGUUUCUCGUGAAAAUGCUCACGCGGUCUGAGGAGGGCGAGCCAGAUCCGCUGGGAUAUCUUGUAAAGAAUCUGUCCAAGGCAACGGUUGUUCUUUUCCCGAAGAUAGACAGGCUUCUGUCGGAAAAGGAAAAGAAAGAGGUAUUGCACAAGGCAGACGAGCUAAGGGAAAGGAUAAAGUCUGUGGGGAAGAUGCAGCUUGAGGCCAGGCUAAAGCAGGCAUCCUGCGACGAGGAGUUUCUUAUGGAGAUUGUGCGGAUGAAGGUGGUUUUCCAGGAGAACCACUUGAAGAACAUCGCCACGGAGUUCCAGAUCAUUAGCGAGGCCAUUGCAGAGAUAGGCCUGAAAACAGACCUGUGCAGAUACCUGCUGCGCAAGUACGUCCCAGAAAAUACAAUCAAGAAGAUUAUAGACCACUCGAUCCUAAACCACUCCAGGUGCAGGAAGCAGUUUGCAAUACUGAACGACUGGUCCGAGUAG